AUGGCGACGUCGAAUGAGGCAACUCUUGGCCUUCUUCCGCGUGCCUUACUCGGCCGCCCACGCUCCCGGCGAGUGUCAAACCGUCCAAAGCCGUUGGGGAUCGGCGAAUCCGAUGGUGGUGGUCCCGUCUUCGUGCGAGGUCCAUGGCAGGGACGAAUGAUGGGUCCAAGGAUCUGCCAAAAGUCGCCGUGUGACUCAAAGAAUCGCAAGUACUUAGCUUGCUUCCUGGACAGACAAUGUCGAACGUCGACUUGGAUGAAGAUCCGAGGAGGAUCUCGGAAUGUGCUGUUGUGCAAAGGGUCCGCAGGUCCCCUCCCUGUGUUGAACAAGGCUGCUGGAACCCCCAGGAUGGGGUUCAAACAGCGGGCCUGGAGUGCAAGCAGAUGGGCUCCGUGGAUGACUGGCCGCUGGCUAGACCCGAAACCAUUCGUCGUUCAGUUGCAUCAUCCAAGUCUUUACCCGCUGCAGCAGGGCAAAAGAACAGUGUCUGACGAUGGAACACGAGAGGAGCCAAGGUGCAAAGGACUUUGGGAAGAGAUGAAAGGGGAGAGGGGGUUUUGGAGAGUGAGGGAUUGGCAGCUAGCUUCUGUUUGGGAUGCAGUCAGCUUGAGGCUUCUCCAUCACCGGAUCAGUCGACAUACCGGUGAAUGCUCAACUCCUCAACGUGAGCGAGAUGCAGUGCUUGACCUUGGGAUCGGCGGUCGAGAGCCGGCGUGCCUUGAGGUUGUGAAGAUGAGUGAUGGCGAGGAAGGAUAA